AUGCUCACUCGGGUGAAGUCUGCCGUGGCCAAUUUCAUGGGUGGCAUCAUGGCUGGCAGCUCGGGCUCGGAGCACGGCAGCGGCUCGGACUUGCCCCUGCGCUUCCCCUACGGGAGACCCGAGUUCCUGGGGCUGUCUGCGGACGAGGUCGAGUGCUCCGCCGACCACAUCGCCCGGCCCAUCCUCAUCCUCAACAAGGAGACCAAGCGCCUGCCCUGGACCACGGGAUACGCCGAGGUAAUAAAUGCAGGGAAGAGCACACACAAUGAAGACCAAGCAAGUUGUGAAGUGCUUUUUGUAAAGAAGAAAACUGGAGGCACCAAUUCCACACCAAACAAAAACACGUCCACCAAACGAAGAUCCUCAUUGCCAAAUGGAGAAGGACUACAACUGAAAGAAAACUCAGAAAAUGAUGGCAUCAAUUUGUACUACUGGUCACUGUUUGACGGACAUGCUGGAUCUGGGGCAGCUGUUGUAGCAUCCAAACUGCUUCAUCACCAUAUUGUGGAGCAGCUACAGGAGAUUGUGGAGAUCCUGAAGAACUCUGCUGUCCUUCCCCCAACCUGCCUAGGAGAGGAGCCAGAAAGCAUGGUCGCUAACAGCAGAACUCUAACCAGGGCAGCCUCCCUGCGUGGGGGGGUUGGGGCUCCGGGCUCACCCAACACCCCUCCAACACGCUUCUUUACAGAGAAGAAGAUCCAACAUGAGAGCCUUGUUACUGGAGCUAUUGAAAGCGCAUUCAAAGAAAUGGAUUUACAAAUCGAGCGAGAGAGGACUGUUUACAGUAUAUCUGGUGGCUGCACAGCCCUUGUUGUUGUGUAUAUGCUGGGGAAGCUCUACGUGGCAAAUGCUGGUGACAGUAGGGCCAUAAUAAUCAGGAACAAAGAAGUUAUUCCAAUGUCUUCAGAAUUCACUCCUGAGACUGAGCGUCAGCGACUACAAUAUCUGGCUUUCAUGCAGCCCCACUUGCUGGGUAACGAGUUCACACAUUUAGAGUUUCCAAGGAGGGUGCAGCGUAAGGAAGUUGGGAAGAGGAUGCUCUACAGGGACUUUAACAUGACUGGCUGGGCAUACAAAAGCAUUGAAGAGGACGACUUGAAGUUUCCCCUUAUAUAUGGAGAAGGCAAGAAGGCUCGUGUCAUGGCAACUAUUGGAGUAACUAGAGGACUUGGAGACCAUGACCUGAAGGUGCAUGACUCCAAUAUCUACAUCAAACCUUUUCUGUCCUCAUCUCCCGAGGUGAGAGUCUACAAUCUUCUGCAGUAUGAGCACGGACCAGAGGAUGUGCUGAUCUUAGCUACCGAUGGACUCUGGGAUGUAUUAUUAAAUGAAGAAGUGGCAGAAGCUGUCACAAACUUCCUACCAAACUGUGACCCUGAUGAUCCCCACAGAUACACGCUAGCAGCUCAGGACCUGGUGAUGCGAGCCAGGGGAGUGCUGAAGGACAGGGGCUGGAGAAUAUCCAAUGACAGACUGGGCUCAGGAGACGACAUUUCUGUCUAUGUCAUUCCUUUAAUACAUGGAAACAACUUGUCAUGA